AUGGAAACACUUUGUGAGAAAAGUCGUUACCAUUUGCGUCCCCUAAAACAGCAUAUGCGAAUACAUGACACUGAGAAGUUUCGUCCUUGUGAGUUAUGUGAGAAGAAGUUUGCCUAUUUACAUCAUCCUAAGCAGCAUAUGCAAAUGUAUAAUCCCUCUCAUUGUUGUGAGUUUUGUGGGAAGAGUUUUAGUCAUUUAAGUACUCUCGUGCUACAUAGACGAACACACACCAAUGAGAAACCUUAUCAUUGUGAACAAUGUGCGAACAGAUUUUCUCAGUCAUCAAGUCUUAAAAGGCAUAUGCUAACACAUACCAAUGAGAGGCCUCAUCAUUGUCAGCAGUGUGAAAAGAGUUUUGCGCAGUUAGCUACUCUUAAACGGCAUUUAGAAACGCAUACAUAUACCCAAGAGAAGCCAUAUCAUUGUGAGCAGUGUGAGAAGAGUUUUUCCCAUACAAGUAAUCUCAAACUGCACAUGCGAAAACAUAACAAUGAUAAGCCUUUUCACUGUCAGUAUUGCGAGAAAAGAUUUACACAGUUAUGUAAUCUCAAACGGCAUAUCGAGUCACAUACUAAUGAGAAGCCAUAUUGCAAUUUAUGUGAGAGAAGUUUUACUUCCGCCAAUAACUAUGAACAGCAUAUGCGAACACAUCCCAACGAUAGACCUUAUUAUCCUAAGACAUUAGAAUACUUUAAGAGAUUUGUUAUGCAUAGCAAUUCAAAAAAAAACAUUAAAAUGGAUCUAAUUAGAAAAAAACACCAACUCAAGAACUUCACAUACAUACAUUCAAAUCAUCAAAAUGUUAUUGAAACAUCAAAUUCAGUAACUCAGUUUGGCUGUGAUCAAUGUGAGAGUAUAUAUAGUCAAUUAUCUAGUCAAAAACACUCAUUAAUUAUUCACAAAGGGGAGGAAUGUACAUAUACCUGGGAAACAAUAAAUGAUAAAAAGCUAUUAACUGUCACACUUAACACGUAUGGAGACAAUUCAUGUAAGAAAGAUCAAAACCAAAUGUUUAUUGCACAUGCUGGAUUUAUUGUUGAGAAGCAAAGAUAUGAUGAAUUGACAGAAUUCAGAUUAUACAGUCACAGAAUUGAUAAGAAAUUUCAGUUCUUUUAA